AUGUCGGAGCAUCAGGACCCAGAGUUGGCCAAGGACGAUGGCCUUAAAGUCACUGCUUCGGCCUCAUCGUCCAAACAUCCGGUUCCUGUCGAAGGCACAACUCAACACCUCCCCAGCUACGAAAACGAAAAGGCUUUAACAUGGAAGUUCGAUAUCCGAAUCUUGCCGAUGCUGGCCGUGAUGUACCUUUUUAAUGCUCUUGAUAAGGGGAACCUAGGAAAUGCCAAAACAGAUGGUAUGGAUAAAGACUUGCAUUUCAAGGGGAAUCAGUAUAAUAUCAUGCUGAGCAUCUUUUACGUGCCAUACGUAAUUUUUGCACCCCCAGUUGGUAUGCUGGGAAAGAAGUACGGUCCACAUCGUGUACUACCAAUUAUGAUGUUUUGCUUUGGCAGUGCGACGUUGCUGGCCGCCAGUGUACAGAAUUGGAGUGGCAUGAUGGCGUUGCGAUGGUUUUUGGGAAUGGCAGAGAGCGCCUUUUUCCCUCUGGUAAUCUACUACCUGACUACAUUCUACCGCCGUGGCGAACUCGCACGACGCCUUGCUAUCUUCUACGCUGCCUCGAACAUUGCGAAUGCGUUCUCCGGACUCCUCGCUUUCGGUGUAUUUCAAAUUCAGUCCAAAUUAGACUCCUGGAGGUAUCUGUUCAUUAUUGAGGGCUCGCUUACAGUUCUCUUUUCCUUCUUCGCAUACUGGUAUCUCCCCAAGAACGCGUACGAAGCCAACUUUCUCAACGAAGCAGAGAAAGAAUUGGCCUUCACCCGUAUUCAGAUUGACUCUUCGUCCGUCGUCAACCAAGAGUUCAACCUCAAAGACGCACUUGUCAUCUUCAAGGAACCAUCGACAUACGGAUUCCUUGUCAUCGAAAUCUGCCUUGGUGUACCCUUGCAAUCGGUAUCGCUCUUCUUGCCGCAGAUUGUGGGUAGAUUGGGCUACAACAAGAUCAAGACGAACCUUUACACAGUCGCACCAAAUGUCGUCGGUGCAUGUGUUCUCCUCAUCCUGGCCUUUGCCUCGGACUAUACGCGUCUUCGGUCCCCUUUCAUCGCCCUCGGCUUCCUCCUGACUUUCAUCGGUUUCAUCAUCUAUGCCACUAUUGACGUCGAGCAUUCGCUUACUGUUGCCUACUACGCCUGCUUCAUGAUGACGUGGGGAACAUCUGCGCCCUCAGUGCUGCUCUCUACAUGGUACAACAACAACGUCGCAGACGAGAACCGACGUGUGACACUUACCUCUGUUGGUGUGCCGCUAGCAAACUUGAUGGGCGUUGUAAGCUCGAACAUCUUCAGACCUCAAGAUGCGCCAGCGUACAUCCCAGCUCUGGCUACGACGGCGGCGUUUGGGGCCACAGGCUGCUUGUGUGCGGCGCUGUUGGGCACAUAUAUGAUGAUUGAUAACAAGAGAAGGAAUGCUCGUCAGGGCGUCAAUCUCACCGCCAAAGACGUGUCAACAGAGAAAUUAAGAGAUGGACCAAAGAACCCAGAAUUCAGAUGUGAGCUCUGGGAGCUCCAACCCAUCUUCAUCAUGGCGGUCAAAGCAGCGGUGCCAUUUCUCGUGGCGAUGAUGCUGUUGACAGGCGUAUGCAAUACACUGUUGACAAAGUAUCAAGACAUGCAAUGCGUCAAGAACUGCGACUCGCCUUCGCCGAAAUACAAGGAACACUUUGAGCAGCCUGUCCUCCAGACGCUACAGAUGUUUAUUGGAGAGAUGGGCUGCUGGCUUGUCAUCGGCGCGUUCACCCUCUACCAGCGAUACGCGACUGCGAAGGCAGGCUACGAGCCCGUUCCUGGCUCGGCUACCCCGGCUCCAGAUGAUGUUAGCGAGACAACCCCUAUUGUGAACCCGUUGAAACCUGCGCAUCCCGAUGAUGAGGGUAGGAUCCCGCUGGAAGGAAAGAGUAUCUUCCUGUUGGCGCUUCCGGCGUGCUGCGACAUUGCUGGAACCACCCUCAUGAACGUUGGACUACUGUUUGUCGCAGCUAGUAUCUACCAGAUGACCAGAGGUGCGCUCGUGCUCUUCGUUGGUCUGUUCAGCGUGUGGUUCCUCAAGCGUCAUCUCGGACUGUACAAGUGGUUCUCGCUCUUCGUGGUUGUGACGGGCGUUGCAAUCGUUGGACUUGCUGGUGCCAUCACCAGGGAUGAUAAAGCGACGCCUGGCCAUAAGUCGAUUCACGACUCUGUUGCUGGAUCAGAGGUCAAGGCGGCUGCUUCUCAAGCUGCCAUGACUGUCAUUGGCGUGUUGCUCAUUGCUGGCGCGCAGAUCUUCACUGCCACUCAGUUUGUGCUUGAGGAGAGGAUCAUGGAGAAGUACUCCAUGGAGCCCAUCAAGGUUGUUGGCUGGGAAGGUGUCUUUGGAUUCCUGGUCACGUUCAUUGGUAUGAUCGUUUUGCAUUUGACCAUUGGAACUGGAUACUUCAACGCCAGAGAGGGCCUGUACCAGAUGUUCCACUACCGCGCCAUCGCCGUGUCCUCGCUACUGAUCAUGAUCAGCAUCGGUGGCUUCAACUUCUUCGGUCUCUCUGUUACUCGCACCGUCUCCGCUACUUCGCGCUCGACGAUUGAUACUUGCCGCACGCUCUUCAUCUGGAUCGUGUCGCUAGGACUUGGCUGGGAAACAUUCAAGUGGCUGCAGGUUCUCGGUUUCGCUCUGUUGGUGUACGGAACCUUUUUGUUCAACGACUUGAUCCGCCCACCGCUAAAGGCGUGUGUGGAGAGGCACCACGAGCCCCUGCUGCCUGAGGAGCCGAUUGAGCACCACUAG